CAAGAGCGCGACUUGUGUAAACGCCUCCCAACACCUGCGGCGGGAAAUACUUUGUGGAGAGCAGCAGCUUACACUCAGACUAAAUAUAGAUCCAUCGCGAGGGAACCCUGACACCGCGCUUCCCCACGCACCGAUCGUUUAUCUGCAUGUUGUGAUUAGCUAGAAAGUUUGAUUGUGUCGGUAGCAUAUUUCCCCGUUUUUAAUAUAAAUAUAUAAUUUGAUUCUGGAAAAAUAGGAUUUCUUUAAAGAAAAAAAUAUCUUAACCUAUAGCAACAACUACACACGCGUAAAGCGCAUUUUGUUCUAAUUGUUCUUGGCGGUGCGCACACACUAUCCAACAAGUGCGAGCUCGAAGCUCUGCUGUGUCUUAAGAAGCGAUUGAGGAGAAAACAAGCAUAUGGAGAUCACUGUCUAACGAUUUGGAGCUCGAAUCGAUCCAAGCAACCUCGUCGAACACGCACAUACUUUGUCGCAUUGAUUAAAAAAAGCGCGUCGUGUGAUCUGGUGGAGUUUUUUGGAUAUGCUAUAGUUUCACCUCCAAUGGAGCCGCCGUAAUUCGUUGUCUUUGUCAUUUGUAAAACAAACUAAAGGCGGGGCGGUUUGCUUAUAUUGUGAAGAUCCGAACCCAAAAGCAUUACAUCUAGACCACUCGUGACCUGUGAAGACUUGUCCCUACACCUGGUUUCUUGGAGAGGGCUGCACAAUUGCGCAAGCUGCGAGAUAAAGGACCUUUCCAUGGAAUCCACUCCACGCGUGGUCACCACUGAGGGUUUCGGUCCUAUCUGAUGUGGGAUAAAAAGUUGCCGUCUGGACAGUAAAUCACAUAUAUGAGGACGAAUACACACGUGCUAGCCAACACAAAGCGCAAAAAUGCCUAUGCAUCCGGUGACUUCCACUUUGAUGUACCGGGGGAUCUGCACCAUUCCUGAUAUCUUGUCGUACCGGGCACCGGUCAACCUGCCUGAGGACGAAGUGGAAGAAAUCCGGGAAGCAUUUAAGGUGUUUGAUCGAGAUGGAAAUGGCUUCAUCUCAAAGCAGGAGCUCGGCAUGGCCAUGCGUUCUCUAGGGUACAUGCCCAAUGAGGUCGAGCUGGAGGUCAUCAUUCAAAGACUCGACAUGGAUGGAGACGGCCAGGUGGAUUUUGAGGAAUUCGUUACUCUCCUGGGGCCCAAACUUUCGGCUGCUGGGAUGCCUGACAAGUUCAACGGAACCAAUUUUGACUCUGUGUUCUGGAAGUGUGAUAUGCAGAAGCUGACUGUGGAAGAGCUGAAGAGACUCUUAUAUGACACCUUCUGUGACCACCUCACUAUGAAGGACAUUGAGAAUAUCAUCAUGACAGAGGAGAAUCACAUCGAAAAUCCUGAGGACUGCCAGGUUGACAUUGACACGGAGAGUCCAACCCAGCAGGUGAAGCAAACAUGCGUACGGAAGAGUCUGAUCUGCGCCUUCGCAAUUGCUUUCAUCAUCAGUGUCAUGCUUAUUGCAGCCAAUCAGGUGCUUCGCAGUGGCAUGAAGUAAUGGAAUGGACCGAUCACAACGUUGUUUCAAUUCAAUAUAACAAAUGACAGUGACAAAAAUGGCAAAAAAAAAAAAAAAACAUUCCAUACACAAACUGGAGCAGCUUAAAAGUUCAUUUUAUUUAGAUGAAAUCCAAAUGUGGUGACACAAAUAUUUUUGAGACGAGCUACGGCUUCCACAGGACAGAAUUUUUAAUAUUUGACAGCAAACGUAAUGCACACAGAUUUAACGCACACAUACUGUGUUUUACCCAAAAAGGUAUGAUAAAAAGUACAUGAAAAGAGAGGAAGAAGAAGUUUAUAUUGUAACGGACUCUAACGGAAAGUUUCCCCUUCAACCGCUCUCAAUAUGUUUUGGGUGAGUUUAGCCGCAUGGAUAUCUACAACCGAGGAUCCUACUCUUCAAUGCAUGACGAUGCAUGGAUUUACAAUAGCCUGGAUGUACCAGUAGAGCUCAGCUGUGCAUUCAUCUAUAUAUAAGACCCCAAAACAAAUUUUCCAAAGAAAGACCCGUCUCACAAAUAUAAAGAGUUGGAUAUGCAGAAGAGACCGAUUGUGACAUCUUUUACAUCCAGUAUACUGACCCCCUUGCAUGAGAAUAAGGGCUGUUUAGGGCAUGCUCAUGUCAUGCAAUGUUAGUCUUGUGUUUGUCCAGUAACUAUUGUUGGUUUUUACCAAUUGCACAUGCCUGAAAUGAUUGUUGUAGUACUCCUUAUGGCCAAAAGGGGGAACAUCCUAAAACAUCCUAAAAGUGAUACUAUACCACUAGUGACAUACCUGUACAGUAUUAAAGGAAUAGAUCACCCAAAAAUGAAAAUCACCUUCACGCCAUCCAAGAAUUUAACAUUACGUCAUUUGUUCACUUAUGGAUCCUCUGCAGUGAAUGGCUGCCGUCAAAAUAAGAGUCCAUACUGUUGAUAAAAACAUCACAAUAAUCCACAAGAAAUCAAUACGACCCCAGUCUAUCAAUAAGUGUCUUGUGAAGUGAAAAGCUGUUUUUAACUUCAAACCAUUGCAUCCGACUGAAAUACAAGUCUCUAACCCAUAUUAUUUUCUCCACAAAAAAAAGUAAUCUUAUCUGAAUCAGGAGAGAAAUAUGCAUGGAUCAAGCACAGUUUAUAAGUGGGAAAAAAAAGUCCCAAAAAUUUUCAAAACAGAAAUGUUGGUGGAUUUUCAUUUGAGAGGACAACAGAUGAUGGAUUUUUUCCCUAGAAAAUGCAUUAUUAAAAAUUAGGACUUUAUGAAAUAUUUUGUCCAGUUUUAAAGUAAAUGUCCUUCACGUCUUCACAAGACAUUAUUUGAUGGACUGGAGUGGUGUGGAUUACGCACUUUGUUUUUGGGCUAACUAUUCCUUUAGUGUUUUACUGUUGACCUGAAAUACACUGUACAUUUACAGGCUUACUGUUGCAUGGCAGUGCAAAUAUGUGCACUGUAGUUAUCACAUAGAGUUGAUAAUUAGAAGCUUUUGGAUUGAAAUGACAUGACUGGCAUGAAAUAAUACCAAAUUAUUACAUCAAGACACAUUAAAAAAGGAGUAUUUGAUUUCUGACAUAUCAGGAAAUUAUUUAAUGGUUGUUUUUGAACCAAAUCGAUGUCCAUUUAAGCUUAUUGCUGAGUCUAAAUGGACGACCAUGAUGUCUUUAUUUGUUCACAAUGUAAGUAAUAUGUAUAUUAAUAUAACCUGAAAGCAAACACUGUGGUAUUUCAGUGUUUCACUUCUAUUUCAAAAUAUAAGGUUCAUAUGUCCAUAUGAAUGUUAAAUUUGUGACACCGUUCAGUGUUUUCCUGGGAAAUAUAGCAGUUUAUGUCCAGGUCAACUUGAUGAUAGCAAAGCGCGGUAUUCUAAGGUGUGAAUAAUGUUUCAGAUAUGAAUGUCAGGUUUUGAAUAUGUAUCAGCUGUAAGUGUGUCAUUCUGUUGAAGGGCAUUUUCCAGGGUAUAACAUUAGUUUCCAACUCUGCCCAGGGCCUGAAUUGAUUUAGCUGUUAGUUACAGCACCAUGAAACUCUUAUAUUUGGAUGUGCAGGUAUAAAUGAAAUAUGCAGCGGAUGGAAACACCCGUCUCAGCGCACACACAAGCACUACAAUCGAGUGAUAGUCAAAGAGGAGUCACAGGACAACAAUGUACAGGUUUCCCCCAUUGUACAGGCAUGAUUCUUUAUUCAUUAUUAGAAAUGGGAAAGCUAAUUAUGUUUCUGAGCCGCAGACAAAAUAUUAUCACUUGAAAUAGCAAAUUAUCCUAAACCAGAAACUAGCUAUUAUUAAAAACUCAUUCAGAAUUUAAAAACCUGAUGAGAAAAUUGUAUUAAAUCAUUACCAGAUUGGCUGGUAACCCCAUCUGCCCCAGAUUUAAAUCACAUCCAACAAUUAAUUAUUCACAAUAGCUGCUUAUUGAUAAAAGACAAAUACAAGAAAAACAGAGCACUGUUGAAUGCUUAGAUUUAGGUGUAUCACACUGUAUAAGUGGCAACUUUCAUUAAGGAUCUAUUUCUAUUCGCUCUAUCUAUAUAAAAAUGGUUUUAUCUAAAAUUUUAUCACUUUUCUUCAAUCUAAAACCAGUUAGUUUAAAAUGUUGACCAUGAAUAAAUAACAGUUAAUGUAAGAUUUAAGAUUUAACAAAUUACAUUUUCACCAUGAAUAAAAUCAUUUAAUUUAAGGUUUAAAAAUGUUUAAUAUAUUAUUAAAUUAAAAAUUUGACCUUGAAUAAAACCAGUUCACUUAAGGUUUUAAACCAUUUUUUUUAUUAAAUUAAAUAAUAUGUUUUUUACAUAAAUAAAGUCAGUAUAUUUAAGGUUUAAAUUACUUUAUUUUAAUAUUAUUAUUAUUUUUUAAAUUUUCUGACAUUAAUAAAACCAAUCCAUUUAAGGUGUUACCACAUGAAGCUAAAUUUUCAGGUGACCUGACAAUUUUCGCCGUGAAGUAAAGACUUAUCUUUUGAAUACACUGGCAAAAGACACAAGACAAAUGAAGUGCAAAGUGAUGCCUUCUUGAUGUUGCCUUGACUAAAAGCUUCAUCUUAAGCUUCAUUACGCUCGUUACUGGGGGACACCUGUAUAUUUAUCUUAUGUUCCAUUUUUAAUUGGAACUUAAACAUUCAAAAUGUAUGGUUAACUAUAAUGUACAUUAAAUAUUAAACAAUAUAUCACGGUAUAUAUAAGUAUUUCAUGUGUACUCGGAAUCCUGAAAAAGGGUAACUGGAAAAAAAAAAUAAUAAUUAUGAGGUUUGUUCUUUGCGUCAUCAGAGGGAAUAUUGAGUAUAUAUUUAAGCAAUACAUGAAAACAAAUAGAAAAUGUGGAUUGAAAAACGCUAAGAACAUAUAACUGUGGAUUUUAAUGAGAAUGUUGGUUUGUACAAAAAAAGUAUGUUUUUGUCAUUAAUCAGACCAGUUUAUAAUCUGUAGAGCACUUUAAUAUCUAAAAAUUUUUCUUAUAGCCAGAUUUUUUUUUUAAUACAUACAUACAUUUCAAGAUGUUUAUGUUUUUAAGACUAAACAGAUACAUGUAGAGCUUCAUUAUUUUUGUUAAAGAGAUGGCAAUAUAUGACACAGGCUUUAUUACGUGAGCCACUUUUCUGUGUUUUUCUAAAGAGACGCACACAAAUUCUGCUCACAUUAAUUUAUGUAAACAAUUAUUUGGCCAUGCUUUGGCCUGUUUCCAUACUUGAGACGUCGAGCGUGUUGAAUGUUGUCCUGUGACAUUUCUUACUUUGCCUUAUGCUGUUUUUUUAAUGAUCAUAAAGAAUAUUGUUUACUUUGAUGACAUUUCUAUAAUAUUCCUAUCAGGUCUGAAUAUACUUCUGUUUGGGAUUAACUAUUUUUGAAUAUGGAUAGUCAGUGUGCCAUGCAUAUGUUUAUGUGUUUAUUAGUGGGACUUACACUCCCAUUGUGAAGUGUGUGUUUACCGAGUGCACAAAUGUAUGUAUCCACCUGUGACAUUGUACUGUAUUCCAAAUGAAUAAACAUAAUA